CACCUACAGCAUUGCCCUUUCAAGUCUAUAUCCGCAACAUUACCCGACUCGGGACUUCAGAGACUGCCCAUUUUGACUUGAAUAAUCUCUGAACCAUGCCUACUAGAUUAUCAGCUUUGACAGGUCGCUCGAGCUUCAUCUGCGCCCAGUGUCGAAAAGCUCUGACUGCACCUAAACGGCGACGCCUCUUAUCAACAUCAUCAAAAACACCUGAAAUCUACGAUGUCGUAACAGUCGGUGGAGGCCCAGCAGGCCUCGCCCUACUAGCAGCUCUCAAAUCCUCUCCUGUAACAUCACAUCUAAAAACCGCACUGAUUGAGAUCCAAGAUCUCUCCAAGCUGCGGCAAUGGCCUUCACCCGAGCACCAAUUCUCAAAUCGGGCUAGCAGCUUAACACCUUCAUCCGUCUCAUUCCUCGAGACGACCGGCUCCUGGGCACACGUCGACCAAACCCGCAUUCAAGCCUACGACGAAAUGCAAGUCUGGGACGCCGCCAACGACGCCAGCAUCCAGUUCGACUGGAAAGCCGAGACACAGAAGUACAACGCCCCGCCCCAGACGAUAGCGACCAUGUGUGAAAACGCCAACCUGACGCGAGGCCUGCUCGAGCGCAUCGUCGAAGUCGGCGCAGAACCGUCCCUCUUCUCCAACACGAGCGUGUCAGCAAUCGAGACCGGCGAAGAUGACCCCGAAGGACUCAACUUGUCAACAUGGCCCGUCAUAUCUCUCGAACCCAAAUCGCCUGGACCACUCUCGCACAACAAUCCAACCAAUAUAGCAGCACGCCUGCUCAUCGGCGCAGACGGCUUCAACAGCCCUGUCCGCGCCUUCGCCGGCAUCAACUCGUCGGGAUGGGACUACAACCGCCACGGCGUCGUUGCCACACUCACUCUUCAACCCGCCGACACCGCCCAGACCGUCGACUUCGACCUCUUCAGCUCCGAACCGCUACCCAACCGCGCGACCGCGUACCAGCGCUUCCUUCCACAACUUGGCGGGCCGAUCGCCAUUCUCCCACUGCCCCAUGACCGCGCGUCAAUGGUCUGGUCCACCAAGCCGUCUCACGCGGCGUACUUGAAAUCCCUUCCCGCUUCCGCGCAAAUCGCCAUGAUCAACGCAGCAUUGCGCCUCAGCCAAACCGACUUGAAGUACCUACUGAGCCUUCCAGCGGAUUCCGCCGUCGACGCCCACGAAACCGAACUCCGCUGGCGUCUCGAACACACCUCCGCGCCUCCUAGUCUAUCUCGCCAACCGCCCUUCGUGACGGGCAUACAAGAGAACAGCCUCGCCAGUUUCCCCUUGCGCUUCCGCCACGCGACGAGCCUGGUCAACCCGCGCGUAGGCCUGAUCGGAGACGCCGCGCACACGAUCCACCCGCUCGCAGGCCAGGGGCUGAAUCUCGGCCUGGCGGAUGCAAAGGCGCUGGCGGAGUGUAUCGCGUACAGCGUCCGUCACGGGAUGGACAUCGGCGACCCCAUGGCCUUGGAGAGGUAUAGUUCCGCGCGGUUCGGGCGGGGCUUGGUGAUGGCCGGAGGCGUGGAUGCGUUGAAUUCCUUGUACCAGCUUGGAAGUGGUGGGGACGGCAUGCUGGCGAGUGUCGUGGGCAGGGCGAGGGGCCUCGGGAUGAACCUCGUCAAUCAAGUGGUGCCCGGGUUGAAAGAGUUGAUUAUGAGGCAGGCGAGUUGAUCCAAGUCCCAUGCGUGUGUGCGGGUUUGGGCAACCCAGUAAUACGAGCACGUCCGUGCGUGUCUCGCGCGUGUGGGCUGUCAGUAUGCCUUGGUUAUGUCAGGGUGGUAAGGUGAGAAGAGAACGGAAAGAAAAUUGGGACCAUUGAUACCUAGUGGGUGCCUAGAUGGAAAUGGGAUCUAAUAAAAUUACUUUUUGCCCUCCAAGAUCAAGCAGCCUGUCUAUGUCGACCCGCAACUACCUGGUACUACUGAUGGAGCUUGUGGAGGACAUGAACGAGUGCGCG